AUGAAAAUCCUUUGGUCAGGUCUUCCCCGAUCGGGCACUCCGCCAAGCUGGCCAAAACGGCCUCAGAAGCGGAAGAUUGCUGGUGUAGACAAGGUCAUUGCGGUGUCAUCCGCUAAGGGUGGCGUUGGCAAAAGCACCGUUGCUGACAAUCAACUAGUACCCUUGACAAAUUAUGGCGUCAAGACAAUGUCGAUGGGCUAUCUGGUGGGAGAGAGUGCCCCCGUGGUAUGGAGAGGGCCAAUGGUUAUGAAGGCGAUUCAGCAGCUUCUUCACGAAGUGGACUGGGGUGGUUUGGAUAUCCUUGUUUUGGAUCUGCCUCCCGGAACAGGAGACACGCAGUUGACCAUUACUCAGCAAAUCAUCUUGGAUGGAUCCGUCAUCAUCACUACACCACAUACUCUGGCAACAAAGGAUGCAGUCAAGGGCAUAAACAUGUUUAAAACAGUUGGCGUCAAUAUCCUCGGCGUGGUCCAAAACAUGUCUCUGUUUAAUUGCCCACACUGCCAUCAGGACACUCAUGUUUUUGGAUCAAACAAAAAGGUUGAGAAGCUGUGUCAAGAGCAUGGGAUUGACUUUCUAAGAGAUAUUCCUCUUCAUCCCAACAUUGGCGAUGACGGGGAAAGGGGGAAGCCCACUGUCGUCUCUGAACCAUCCAGCGAACGAGCAUCGGCCUUCCUUGAUAUAGCUAGAGCUAUUUGCCCCAAGAUUGACCUGAAGGAGGUCGGGAGCCAUAAUCACUAA